AUGGAAUCGCAAGGUACUUUAGAAGUGGGAAAAAUAGAAGAUGAAUAUAUAAAGCUAAUACCCAUUCUAAAUAAAAUGGAAAAUUUUUCUUCAUUAAAGAUAUUAUUAGCUUUUGAUAAAGCUUGCACAUUGAUUGAUCACAAUUAUUCUGAUGAAAAGGAUAAUUUCUAUUACAUGAGAAAAGCAUUACAGCAAAUUCCACAUAAAUUUAAAGUCAAAGACCAUCAUUUUCUGGCUCUUUUCACAGAUACACUUUCAAGAGUUUCAAAUUUCUUACCUGCCAAUUACAAUGAUCUAUCAUACAGAGUAUUUUUGGAAGAAAAACAAUUGUAUAAACCAUUUUAUCAUUUUGAUACUUUUGAUUGUCAAAUGCUUCAACCAAAAAAUACUAAAAUUAUAAUUACCUCAGCAAUACAGCAGAUGUGUAAUAUGGAAUGUCCUUUAUGGACAAAUGUUGAAAAGUUUUAUGUUGUGGAAUUUGCAAUGGCAAAGCUUUUAUGUGAUUAUAAAACAGCAACUAUAAUUUAUGAAAAUGGAGAUAUUGAAUCAAUAAAAUUAACAGUAGAACAAUCAUUAGCAAUUCUUAGAGUACGAGUAUAUUUGAAAAUUUGUAGAGUUUCACAACAAGCAUCUAAAUUAGUUAGCCAUCAAUGA